AUGAUUAUGUUCGCCGUAGUCAUAGAUGUAAAAAUAUUUGUUAGUCAUUUAUUAUAUCUAUUUGUGUUAUUUUCAGCAUGUCGGCUUUACGGUUUCUUGGGUGGUCUUACUGGAACACUUUCCAUAAUCACAUUGAGUGUCAUCUCAUUCGACAGAUAUUUUGUCAUAAAAUUUCCUUUGAAACGAAGUCUUUCAGAAGUGAGAAUAAAAAUAAGUCUUGUGGUGGCUUGGAUGUAUGGUUCAGUUUUUGCCAUUAUACCAGCUCUAGACAUAGGACUGGGGAAAUAUGCCUACGAGGGAUACUUAACAAGUUGCAGCUUCGACUACCUGACAGAUGAUCCUAAAAUAAAAGUUUUCAUAUUAGUCUUCUUCGUGGCAGCUUGGGUCGUACCAUUCAUUUUGAUAUCAUUCAGUUAUUUCAACAUCAUGAAGGUAGUCGCUGGUAGGACCAUUUCACAGAAGAGAGGAAGAGACUCCUUCAGACACGUUAAGGAAGAAGACAAUAAGAAACAGGAAAUAAAACUUGCAUUGGUUGUUUUAUCCACCAUCAUGAUGUGGUUUUUCUCAUGGACACCCUAUGCAGUAGUGGCACUGUUGGGAAUUUCAGAUCAGAAACAGAUAAUAACUCCUUUGACUUCGAUGAUUCCAGCAAUCUUCUGUAAGGCGGCUAGUUGCAUAAAUCCAUACGUGUACGCCUUGUCUCAUCCUAAGUUCAAGAAGGAGCUUCGGAAGAUAUGUUGCUUUCAAUUGAAGAAGAAGAGGGAAAACAAUCGAAAGGUGUGGCACACAGAUCUACCGAGAACUCAAAUGCAAAUGGAACACGUAGAUAGUGAAGAAGAAAUGGUAGAGGUUAGGUUAGGAAACAUAAAACCAGGUACAUCAAUUAUACAACAAGAACCAUCUAACAAAACCAUACAUCAAAAGAGGUCUUUGAAAAGAGAAGAAACGGUUAUUGAGCUUCUAUGUUUAAGGCCCAGUUUCAAGAACAAACCCUCCAGUUUCAGGAGAAUAGCAAGACGUUGGUCAUCUAGAGAUAAACAAAGAAAUGAAACUGAGGAAAAUGAAUCCGAUAUAGACACGGAUAUGCAGCAACAGAGUUCGCAGUCCAUUAUGUAGAUAUUUGCUGAUCUGGAAAUCUAAAAAUGCUUGAAUUCGGCUGAAAGAAAUUUCUAGAUAUCAUUCAGCGUUGGAAUAGACGAGAUCAAGUAAAGAAAAAGCCAGGUCGCGCUAUCGUCCAUGUAUUCAUUUACGAUUAACUUCCAGUGGGCAAAAAACUGCUUCAUGCGUAAUAUUUUAUACUUCUCUUAUACGUCUCAUGAAAAUAAUA